CACCACCUCCCCUCCCUUGCUCCAUCCCUCCUCUCAGCCUCCCCACCGCCUCCCCUCCCCUUGCCCACUCUGCCUGCCUUCGACGCGACACGUAAGCUCGGCGCUGAGGUCCACGAUGGUGGGGGUCGGCGAGAGGGAGAGCGGGAGCGGGGCGCGGAGAUGGAAGACGUGCGGGAAGAGGCGGAGGAAGUUCGGCAGCGCGAGCGGCUCGGGGGAGGCCGGCAGCGCGCCGACCAGCGGUGAGGUGCGCCGCAGUCCCGACCCGUCUCUAGUUUUCCCACCCUCCCAACCGGUUCCCGACCACCGCGCUCACCUCCACGCUGGCCACCACCACUCUCUCCUCGACAGCAUCCCUCCGCCUCCGCCUACUCCGUCCCGAGCAGGUAGCGACCCCGACGCGCCGCGCCGACCAUGGUCAAUACGCUGCGGUUGUACCUCACUUGCAUCCGGAACACUCUGGAGGCGGCGAUGUGCCUCAAGGGCUAUGGAAUGACUGAAACUUGUGGAAUCAUAUCUUUAGAGUACCCAGAAAAAGGACAAGCUCGUCAAUUUGGGUCAACUGGAUCACUUGUCUCAGGAGUUGAAGCAAAGAUUGUAGAUAUAUAAACAUUGAAAUGUGUGCCAGCAAAGCAACUAGGAAAAAUUUGUAAAAUUUGUGUUCGGAGGACCGAACAUAAUGCGAGGUAAUAUUUUGAUCAUAGACUGUAUAAAAAAACUCGACCUGUGGGGAGAAAGACCUCCCCCAUGGCAUUGUAUUAAGAAGAAGACCUUCUCACACAGGCCGAGAAAAUUCCCGAACCCCUGCCCCCACCCGUACACGGGGUCCGUCGCUUUGUGAGUAGGCCGGAUCAUACACGUGCUUUGGACAUGGGACAGGUGAGGGGAUUUUUUUUCUGCAGCACCACGGGCUCGAACCCGGGCGGGUGCGCUCCCCACCGGGAGGUCGCACCAACCGAGCUACGCUCGGUCUGCAUCAUUGACUGUAUAUAUUGUGUUCUCAUUCUUUCUCCAUAUCGUCAGCUAUUAAACAUUACCAAGCCCAGUCAAAAAUAUUAUACUGGGCUGUAGCUGUAGUAAUUGGUAGUAUUGUUUUUAGUUGUACACUAACAAUAGAUCCAAAAGUUCUCCAUAAUAUUCUGUCCUGGAGGGAUAUUGUGGCCAAAACAUUUUCCUACUUAUUGAAUGUAUUAUUUUUAGGGUAUUUCAACACUGUGCAAGCUACUGAUCUGUGUAGAUUCUGUAGUAUGCUUAUGGAA